GCCUCGUGCUUCACAGUCUCUAAUGAAUAUUUAAACACGUAUUUAUUUUAGCGUAAUCGGGCAAAAACAAAACAAAAAUCUAUGUGCUUCAUUGAGCAUAAAUUGAAAGUAACGUGUAUACGUUGGAACAUAAUCACUAUGUUGGCAUGUGUAAAUAUAACGAACGUUUGAAAUCUCUGUUCACAAUACUGUGACUUUUAAAUUGUCUAGGUGUCUUCUGACCAAUAUCUAUGCCAGGUGUCCGCGGUGUAAGGUACUCUUGAAUUCUCGAGUGUUUUGGGAGAUUUUAUUUUCUACGAAGAAUGACACUGACUUAUUACUCAAGUGACCUACCUGGGUGAAAUAUCUAUAUACCUUUGUUUUUCCCUCUUUUUUCUGGACUAAUGUCAGUUAUCACAAAUUGAAAGCCGUAUAGAGCCGAUGGAGUCUUAAAGGAAGAAAGAACAACAUGCCAAAUAGUGGAAGACGGGAGACUACACUUAUUAUUUCUAGAUAACGGUGUAAACUCGUGACUCUUUGUAUGUAUUUUUUAUUUAUUAAUAAUCGGGCUAAGAAUGAAUGGAUUCUUUAAGACCUCGUCCAUUAGAGAGAGUGUGAUAUUUAUGUGUUGGUUUCUGAUUCUGUGCGCUUGUAUAUCCGUAUCCGGCAAAAAACAGAAAAAUCAGAAAACGGUUUCACCAUCGUCAAAUCAAACGGAGGUCAUCCAGAGGCUGUCCAACUUUUUUGGAAUAGACAGAAUUCCGGGCCGGAUUUUCAGGAAACCCCCUCCGGAUUACAUGAUAGAUUUGUACAACAGUAUAACGGACAGCGGGGGAUUGAUGAAGCGGGAAAGUCCCUAUAAGGCGGACGUUAUCCGAAGUUUUCCUGAUAGACAGUGGAACCAGUCAAUGCAUUUCCAUUAUAACAUAUCAUAUCUUUCGGAAAGGGAGAAAAUUCUAGCUGCAGAAUUCCAUGUUUUUAAAAUGCGUCCAGCUCCUCCCAAAUUUAAGGAGUCUAAACCUCCUUACGUCAUUGAGAUAAAGAUUUAUCAAGUUCUUGAUCCCUCAAAUAUAUAUUCAAUAAAUGGAUUAAAACUUUUGGAUGCGAGGAGAAUAAGUGCUCUGGGGCAUGGAUGGUAUGUGUUCAGCGUAAAGAAAGCAGUGGAAGCCUGGGUGAAUGGCACCGCAGAGAAUCAUGGUUUCCUUGUUUCUACGACUUCUGUGAUUGGCCAUGAAGUAAACGGAAGUUACGUCAGAUUUGCCCAACGUCAUCAACACCACGAUAGUAAACAACCAAUAUUGGUUGUGUACACAGAUGAUGGAAUGUCGAGACAUCCCAACUACAUUUCACCAAAUGAUGAAGAUUAUUUACAAAUAAAAGAAGAUAUUGCGAAGAAAGAAAGAGCAAGGUUAAGGAAUUUCAAACAAGUUGUUAGACUCUUAAACGAGAAAGAUAGAGACGAAUAUUACAAUGAACAUCUUCAGAAACUUUUGGGAAACACCACGUUAGCGAGAAAAAGAAGAAGUACAGAGGAAGGAAACAGUAAAAAUUCUAGUAAAAUUAACACUGUGCAAAAGACUCGCAAAAAGCGAAGGCGUCUCUCCAAAGAAGAGCGCAAGAAACGCAGGGAGGAAAGAAAAAGACGGAAGAACAAGAAAAAGGGUAAAAAGGGGAAAGGAAAGCGAGCUUUGGAUUUCCGGUAUAAUCGCAAAAGACGAAGUUGUGCAAAACAUGAAAUGUACGUUGAUUUCGACGAAAUAGGAUGGUCUGGGUGGAUUAUAUCCCCAAAAGGUUACAACGCUUAUCACUGUAAAGGAGCCUGCCCUUUUCCUUUGGGACAGAGUCAAAAACCUACAAAUCAUGCAACAGUUCAAAGCAUUGUCCACGCUCUAAAAGUGGGCAACGAUGUUUCCACGCCGUGUUGUGUACCCAACAAACUAUACUCGAUCAGUCUUCUUUACUUUGAUGACGAUGAAAAUGUCAUCCUCAAACAGUACGACGACAUGGUCGCAGCAAGUUGUGGAUGUCACUGAAACAAUCGCGGGAAACCGGACUAGUGCAUAUCACUCGGAAAGCUGUACUGGCCAAACUAUCCGUCAGGUGUCGCUCCAGAUGACGUACUUACAAUGUUUCAGCGUGCGAAUGCGAGGGAAAAAAGCCGACACAGAAUUCAAUAAACUUAAAAAAUGAUGACGAGAUUAGACAUUUGUGAUAGCGAUUUAUUGGUUCCCCAUAAAAAAGAUAUGUGCGAAUAUUUUCAUAAUUGAUUUCAUGGUGAAACAAUUUUCAAAGAUUUUUAAGAGAAAACAGGUCGACGACUGCUCGAAGAAUAUAAAAUCAAUGGUGUGUCAAAUUUAUAAGGACUAAAGUAACAAGGUGUAAAAAAGGGCAUCCCAGGCGAUAAAAAAAAACUUUUGAAAAAAGCAGUCUGAACCAAACUGAAAAAAAACAGGGAACACGUUGAAAAAAGGUCAUAAACGAAACUUUAUGAGAUUAAAUUGCGAAAGCUCGUUUGAAUGUAUUUAAGAUAUUGUAGGAGAGAGAGAGAGAGAGAGAGAGAGAGAGAGAGAGAGAGAGAGAGAGAGAGAGAGAGAGAGAUAUUGUGUUAGUUGCUGUAUUAAUGUUUGUUUGCAAUGUUAAAAUGACUUGUAUUAAAAUCAUAAGAUUCAUAUAAUUGCCAUUGCCCCCUAUGUUAGUACAUACUAGUAUCUGUAGGAUGAAAAGAUUAGAAAAAUAAUGAAAUACUGAAGUCAUUCGUAUACAAAGACAAAAUGCGUGCUAAUGCCUUCUUUAUACAUGAACAUUCCUUUUAGUAAGCUACAUUUCAGAUCAUUAACAAUUUUAUCGGAGUAGAAACAAAAAUGUCAAAACGUAAGAAAAAUAUUUACAUUCGUAGAUUUUGAGAGACUUCAACAAUGUUUUCUUGUUGCUUGAUGUUAUUAUUCUUGUUUAUUGCUAUAUUAUAAACAAGUAUUUUUGUAGCUGAAUAUAUGUGUGUGAGACGUAAAGGCGGUUGUCUGUGUUAUAAAAAUUCAAAGAUGUGUUUUUCGUCGUUAAAAAAUGUUCAAAGCCGUACUUUGCAUUUCUCUGUUUGAACCUAUGUAAAAAAUAUGUUGUUACUAUUGUACAUAAAUAAAAAAAGAAAG